AGUUUGACAGGAACCGUGGCACGCGGUGGUAGUGUCGCUUUGUUUCGUGAAGUAACAUUGAUAAUAUCAAUGUUUAUAAACAGAAUUCGAUAAGAUAUCCAUUCCAAUCCGUCUAUUCAUGAAUAAAAUUACUGACUUUCGCACCUUUACGUGUUAAUUCGCGAGUUUAUUUGGUUUUUAUGUUGGAUUUGUACGUUUUAUUCGAGUGUGUAAUCUUGUAUCGGCGAGGCGAGAACUCAGCAUCGUUGAUUUUGUUGGGACGGUGGAUGAAAAUGUGAAACAAAUGUGUGUUUGUGAACUUUACGUGGUGUUGGACUUGGAGUUGGUACUUUGAGACGUUCGUGGAGGUUGGAGCUGGCACCAUGAGGAGUUUGGUGUUCGUGUUUUUGUUGCCUGCGUGCCUAGCACACCUCAAUGUUUACCUGAGCAGUGCCGAAGUGUGGCGGUUAUUAGGUCUAACAGCCGAGCUGUUCUAUGUGAGAGAUGGCCAGAUCAACGAGUACGCGCUGAACUUCGUGGUGCCCGUGCCUGCCACCAUUGGAGACCUGCAUUUCACCUGGCAGAGUCUUACCAGGAAACCGUUGCCAUACACGUUACAUGUGGACGUGACGGACCCACAUAAUGCCAUGCACCCACCGACUGUCAACAUAUCUAACGAGGGAUUUGUGCCAACCGAACCGCAAACAUGGCGAGUGGACUUGCCUUGUACGCACACUGUAGCCGAUGAAGUGGACAUCAUUAUCUUUUUGAACGUAUCAACGGGUCCCUCUUCUUCUAUUUUAAGAUUCAGAAGGAAAAAGAUAUGUCUUAAAGAGGCGCCAAGACCGGCCGUCAGGGUGGAUAGUGUGCCACAUGCUCCUACAUCUGCAGAUAUAUUCUACGCGGGAGCGGGGUGCGCUGGCGGUGCGCUACUUAUCGCUGCAGUCGCUGCAGCAGCUUGUAGAGCUAGAGCGAGAAAAUUGCGUCGAGCACGAAGUGACGAACAAGACGCUCACGCUUUCUUACCGGACUCGUCUUGCAAGUCUGCCGCCAGCUACACCAGCUACCGUCGUCCUACCUCACUACCUGCUGCCGCAGCCGAAGAAAAAGCAAGAGAUUUACAACAAAGAAUAGCAGAGCUGACGAUACAACGGUGCCGAGUGAGGCUGCGCUCUGUAGCGAUGGAAGGAACAUUCGGGCGAGUUUACAGAGGCACAUACGCUGAUGAAGAUGCGAGGGAGCAAGAAGUGCUCGUCAAGACGGUUGCUGAACACGCUUCUCAAGUGCAGGUAUCGCUGUUGCUUCAAGAAGGCUGCAUGUUGUACGGACUUCACCACGAACGAGUAUUGUCGGUCCUGGGUGUUAGCAUCGAGGAUCAGACGGCUCCAUUCCUGCUGUAUCCUUGGAACUCGACCUGGCGUAACUUGAAGCAGUUUCUCCUGGCUUGCCGAGGGGUUACAGUGGGAGGUGCCGCGGGUGGGGCUCCACCUCCGCCACCCCUGACCACGCAACAUGUUGUGAGGAUGGCUCUCCAUGCGUUGGAUGGACUGCUUUACCUUCACUCUCAGCAUGUCUUACACAAAGACAUCGCUGCUAGGAAUUGCAUAGUUGACGAAAACCUCCGAGUAAUGAUCGCGGACAACGCUCUGUCGCGAGAUUUGUUCCCGGCCGACUACCACUGUCUCGGAGACAACGAGAACAGGCCUAUCAAGUGGUUGGCGCUAGAAGCUCUCACGAAGAGACAGUUCAGCCCGGCGGCCGAUGUGUGGGCGCUAGGCGUGUUGCUAUGGGAGCUCACGACGUUGGCCCAUCAACCCUAUGCUGAGGUGGACCCCUUCGAAGUGGCCGCCUACCUGAGAGACGGCUACAGAUUACAGCAGCCGGCCAACUGCCCUGAUGAACUGUUCGCGGUGAUGGCGUACUGUUGGGCGAUGUCGCCCGACGAUCGGCCGACGUUGCCGCAACUGCAGAUAUUCUUGCGGGACUUCCACACGCAACUGACGAGAUUCGUGUAAACCAUUCCUUAGAAACUUCUAAAGACAUCCCAAAGACGACAAUAAAGUGUUAAAUAAAGUCAACUAUAGUGAGAUAUAGAAGGACGUAAGAGGCCUUACCGUGAAGUGCGAGUGGCUACGUGACUGUGUACAGUGAAAUUGUUAAAGAGACUGAUUUAUAUGCGUUUAUUUGAUUUGUAAAUUAUUAUUGUUUACGUAGUUAUCACAUAUUUGUUGUUUAUCUUGUGGUACUGGUAUACUGUGGAUUUACUGCUUUGACAUCGAUUUUUAGCAAGAAAACGUUAUUUUCUACCGGAGCCGAAGGUAUUCAUUUUCUUCCACGCUGUUUGGCAAAAUGUCGACAAUUACUUGAUAAUUGUUCAAAUUACUCCAAAGAUGGUAUCAUUAUGGGUAGUUUUUUGUAACCUCAAUUAUACCGUAUAUUCUACAACGUAAGUACCAAAUGUAGCAAUUAUAUUCAGCUUAGAAUGAUCUCAUUCGGUACUUAUGAUGUAGAAAUAUAUGCGAAGAAAGAAAUCAUAAUAUGCCGUACAAAUGCAGCGAUUAUUACCUACUUAUUUCUGUAUUUACGUUCUUUACAUUAAAAUUGCAGUUAAAGCAGUAUUUCCAGUGUUUCUUCAAAAACCAAGAUAAAAACUUUCCCCUUUGAUGACUAUAAACCAGUAGCGAAGUUGAACAUUUUUAAUUCGAUAACGUGCGAAAACUUCAGAACAAAAACUUAUUAUUUAUUCACCCAGUGUCUCGAAAGUAUCGUUCUGAAAUAAGGUCAUGUAAACAUGUCUUGUUCCCUUGCGGUACUAAAAUCGAUAUUUAUAGGCGAAAAUAUACUUCGCUAUGUCGAAUUGGAGAUAUUCAACAUUUAUGAGCAUAAUCUUGCAGAAAAAGGAACACUUCUAUGCCUUUGCGGGCACUGGUGCUGCUAUUUUUGCAUGUAAUAAAAUCUGUACUUUAGUUAAUUAUCACAGUGUAAUAACUUGCUAUCUACUUCUAAAACAACUAACUUUAUCGAGUAUUGUUCGAUUGGAGGGUUAUUACUCUAUAAUAAUUAAAUGUUUAUGAGUCAUCAAAUCAUAAAUAUGUGACAAUUACCGAUACUCUUGUCAGUUCUCAGAUACUAAGUGAGAAACACAUGUUUCAAUGAAGAAAAUUGACAUUAUGAUUAUUAUUAUUUGAACCUCGAUACUGCCAUAUUAGAAUAGAUAAAAUUUUGUACAUAUUUAUAGACGAUAGCGGUUGUAUUGUAUAAAUACGUAAUAUUGAAUGUGCCUCAGAGUUUAUGAAGACGUUUAUAAGUGUUUAGAGUAUUAUUAUUAUUGACUAAGACUGGAUUAGAAACAAUUUUAACCAUAAACUAUUAAAUAUUCUGCCUUACAAUACCUUGUCUAUGAUUCUUAAUACGAAAUUAGUUUUUAAUCUGGUACUAUAAAAUUUAAAUUUUAGUGACGAUUUUAUAUUAAUAGUGUUGCUAAUUAUAAUAAAAAUUCUUGUAUUCGAUAAAUUGGAAUAUCAUUUUGCAACUUUAUUAAAUCUAUUGAUACCUUUUGCAUCUUGAUAAAAAAUAAAUAAAUAAAAUACUUAAAAAGAGAUAAAAUUUCUAUGAUUUAAUAAACAACAGUUGAUUAAAAAAAAUACAACCAGAUUGGAAUACUGAUUUCAUUUUAAAUUUUAAUUAUUUCAAACAUACAGAUGUAAUUAAUGAAUGAACAAAUUAAUGAAUACAACUGUAUUCACAUCAUCAAUUUCUAGGAAUUUGUUACGUAAAUCAAUAUUAAUUGAAUAAACAAUUAACUAUUACAACUAUUCUAUCAGAAAUUGUUUUUCAAAUAUAUUUGAUACUAACAAUGUAUACCUACUCAGACUCGUUAUAAGAGGCAGCAAUACAUUUUGUACAUGUGUAAAUAUUUUAUGACUAGUACACAAAUGUGAAUAUAUGAGUGAUUAAUAUUC